UUUUUUUCUCUCUCUGGCAUUUGAUGCCGAUUCCAUUCGCUCACUUCUUUGCUGCAUUAGAUUGUCAACCCCAGGUUUCGCGUCUCCCGUCGCAAUCUGAACCGCUGGAUCUCCGUUCGUCGACCGUCGGGCUGUUCCCCGUUCCCCCCUCUCCCCUCUCUUAAAUCGUGUUGUGACUACAUUCACACCUGGCUGUCUUUUCCUUUCCUUACUCGAUUAUGUUGAUUUUUUGAAUCUUCUUCCCCUUCUAUAUCGAUUCUUAAUUGUUUUAUCGCUCGAAUUGACUUCUGACCGAUAAAGAUCGGGCGGUCAGUUGACAGAACGCUGAUCUACUUACACCCCCUCGAUCUCGUAUCCGCCACGUACGACUUAUCAAUCGUUCGCAAACUGCUGGUGCAUGCUUGCGCUGUCGUGCCUCGUUCUCUGGUAGAGUGGCUGAUAACCUUCUCUUCCUAAUUAAAUCAUGGAGCUUCGACAGUUUUGGCGCCCUCGUCAAUGGGCCUUGUGGCUGUUGUUCGCUUCGUGUACCUACGCAUUCUACAUCCCUGGAUAUUCUGUCAAACGCUACAACGACGACGAACACAUCCCUCUCCUCGUUAACAAGAUUUUCUCCGAUAACACUCAGCUUCAGUAUGCAUACUUCGACUUGCCUUUUGUCUGCCCUCCCAGCGGCCGAACCCAUGGCGGAUCCCCGUUUGGUUCGGGACAAAGCGUGUCUCUUAACCUGGGAGAAAUCCUUCGCGGCGACCGUAUCAUGACAUCUGAUUUCGAAUUGCAGAUGGGCCAGAACGUCGACUGUCGGGUGCUCUGCGAACAAGAGAUCGGGCGCAAGGAUAUCAAAUGGACUCGUCAGCUCAUCAAGGAGGGAUACGUGGCCGAGUGGAUUGCGGAUAACCUGCCUGGCGCAACAAGCUUUGUGACUGUGGACGGAAGUCGCAAGUACUAUGCUACCGGCUUCAAGCUCGGUUUCCAGGAGUACUCGAACAUCGACGGCAAGCUGCGGUAUUACAUCAACAAUCAUUUCACUAUUGUCAUCCGCUGGCGGUCGGCACCGGAAGGCGGCAAGGUCAUUGUCGGCUUCGAAAUCCACCCGAAGAGCAUCCGCGCGGAAGAUCACACGCAGAACGGUUGCCCGAGGCAGGUGCACGAGGCGCACGAUGGACUUGAGCUGUACAUCCCGCCGAAUACUUCGAAACUGCGCGAAAUGUACCCGGGAUCGUCAUAUAUCCCCGAAGACGAUGACGAGAUCGAUGACGGCGCCACCCUCAAGAUUCCGUACACCUACUCCGUCUACUUCAAGGAAGAGAACGGGGUUGACUGGUGGAACCGGUGGGACCUCUACUUCACCAACCAAGAAGAGGGCUCUGCAACCCACUGGCUCGCUAUUCUCAACUCUCUGACUAUCUCCGGUGUCCUCGGAGUUGCAGUGUAUGUCAUCUGGAGUCGGACUGUGCAGGGUGACAUCAAGGGUCGCGGAGAUGGAGCUUUGGAGGACGGAAAGCUCAAGGUGAAGUCCAGAGCUUCGGACAGGAAAGGUGACGGGCUUCUGGAGCAGAGCACAGAUGUUGAGCGGGAUGCGGAUGGAUCUGACGAUGAAGGUCUGGAAGACGUCAGCGGAUGGAAACUGCUUCAUGGCGACGUAUUCCGGACGCCUCAAUUCAGCGGACUUCUGGCGCCCCUUAUCGGCUCCGGCAUGCAGUUGUUGUUCAUGGUUUCGGGACUCUUGUUCCUCAGCUGCCUGGGUGUGCUGAAUCCUAGCUUCCGUGGCGGAUUUGUCAGUGUUGGUAUGGGCUUGUUUGUCUUUGCUGGUCUGUUCUCGGGCUACUUCUCGGGCAGACUCUACAAGACAUUUGGGGGUGUUCAUUGGCGGAAGAAUACGCUGAUUACCGCCCUCUUCUUCCCUGGUUUGGUCUUCUGCUUGAUUUUCAUCCUCAAUCUAUUCGUCUGGGCUCAGGCCUCGAGUACCGCGAUUCCGUUCGGCACUCUGGUCGGUCUUCUUGCUCUUUGGCUCUUGAUCCAGGUCCCGUUGGUCUAUGUUGGCAGUUGGUAUGGCUAUGUCCGCACCACGGCUUGGGAGCAUCCUACCAAAACAACCUCCAUUGCUCGCCAAAUUCCGCCUCAGCCUUGGUAUCUGCACAGCAUCAGCGGUACACUUCUGACUGGACUAGGUCCGUUUGCUGUGCUGUUCAUUGAGCUGCUCUUUGUGUUCCGGAGCUUGUGGCAAGACAAGAGCGGAUACUACUAUGUGUUUGGAUUCCUCAGUGCCGUGUCGACGAUCCUGAUGGUCACGAUCAGCGAGGUGACAAUCAUUGCCACCUACAGUCAGCUUUGUGCCGAAAACUACCACUGGUGGUGGCAGAGCUUCCUGACCGGUGGAAGCAGUGCCUUCUGGGUGUUCGGGUAUUGCAUCUGGUACUAUUACUUCCACCUUCACAUCACCGGCUUCGUGUCUAGUCUCCUUUUCUUCAGCUACAGCUUCCUUGCCUGUACCGUGUACGGUCUGUUGACUGGGACUGUUGGGUUCCUGACGGCGUACGCAUUUAUCCGACGUAUCUACAGUGCAGUCAAAGUCGAUUAAGUGGUUACUUCCACUCAAGACGGACAUCAGGGGCGUUUGGUCGGGGCUCGCAAUUUCAAAUCUCCGCUGAACUUUUUUCAAGAUGAAUGUACUCGUGCCUCUAACCUUGAAGGGGCGAGUGCAGUCUGUCAGUUGACAGCGUUCAUUGCAUGGCCUGUGGCCAUUUAGCGUGUCAACUUAGAUAUAUAUACUCUGCCUUUAGCGAAUUUAUUCCAUUGUGUGAAUCCAGGUCUGCGAGC